UUUAUACCAAGCUGGAAGUGAAAAAUAAUCACUUGUUGCUUAAUAUUUUAGGGUUCGCCGCUGGUUGCGAAGGAGAAGCUAAACUAAGCCGCAAGAGCAGCAGCAAGCACAACCAACACCGCCGUCACCAUGGGUCGUAUGCACAGUCGCGGUAAGGGUAUGUCAGCCUCAGCCCUGCCUUACAAGAGAACUCCACCGAGUUGGCUCAAGAUCUCUUCUCAGGAUGUUGAUGAGAACAUUUGCAAAUUUGCAAAGAAGGGGCUUACUCCUUCUCAGAUUGGUGUGAUUCUUCGUGAUUCUCACGGUAUUGCUCAGGUUAAGAGCGUUACCGGAAGCAAGAUCUUGCGUAUCCUCAAGGCUCAUGGUCUUGCUCCUGAAAUCCCAGAGGAUUUAUACCAUCUCAUCAAGAAGGCUGUUGCAAUCAGGAAGCAUUUGGAGAGGAACAGGAAGGAUAAGGACUCCAAAUUCCGUCUAAUUCUUGUGGAGAGCAGGAUCCACAGGCUCGCACGCUACUACAAGAAGACAAAGAAGCUUCCACCUGUCUGGAAAUACGAAUCAACCACUGCCAGCACUUUGGUUGCCUAGAAUAGCCAUGUUGGGCAAGUUUUGAGAUCAAGGGUAGACGUUAUGUUAUACUCUUAUGAGUCCUUAUCGUGGUUCAUAAGUUUUAGACAAUUUUUUCCAUCUUGAACUUUGGUGUACCAAAUAUUUGCUUGGUUUGAGUUUUAUGUACUACCUUUUGGAGCUCUUUUUUUGUUUCAAGAACUGCAAUUAUCAUCUUGCUUUAUGGUUUUUGGAAUCCUUCAUUCA